GUCCUGAAACCAUAUCUAGAUUCAAGAGCCAGGACACUCCCAGAAGCGGAGAAAAAAAUUUCAGAAAGCUUUAAUGGCUAUAGAUAUGGACAAGGAUUUUUGAAGCUUCGUCGAGGUGCCUAUUUUUUUAAUAAAGAGGAGAGCGUUUUGAUUCGAUUGGGCUUGAAGUUGCAGAAGCUUUCUUGGAGCUUUAAUGGCGGGAAACGACUGGAUUAACAGUUAUCUUGAGGCUAUACUGGAUGUUGGUACUCCAUUGGAUGAUAAGAAGUCAUCUUUGCUUCUCAGAGAGAGAGGGAGGUUCAGCCCGACGAGGUACUUUGUGGAGGAGGUUAUUACAGGCUUUGAUGAGACUGAUCUUUAUCGAUCAUGGAUCAAGGCCUCUUCUACAAGGAGUCCACAGGAAAGGAAUACUAGAUUGGAGAACAUGUGCUGGAGGAUAUGGAAUUUGGCUCGCAAGAAGAAGCAGAUUGAGGGAGAGGAAGCUCAGCGAUCGGCUAAGCGUCGUCUUGAACGUGAAAGGGGCCGCAGAGAUGCAACUGCUGAUAUGUCAGAGGACCUAUCAGAAGGCGAAAAAGGCGAUACUAUCAGUGAUAUAUCGAGUCAUGGUGAUGGACUUAGAAGCAGAAUGCCGAGAAUCUCUUCUGUAGAUGUCCUUGAAACCUGGUUUAGUCAGCACAAGGAGCGGAAAUUGUACAUAGUAUUGAUAAGUAUACAUGGUCUUAUACGAGGGGAAAAUAUGGAGCUCGGCCGUGAUUCAGAUACUGGUGGCCAGGUCAAAUAUGUUGUAGAGCUUGCGACGGCUCUUGGUACCAUGCCAGGGGUUUAUCGCGUUGAUCUAUUGACGAGGCAGAUAUCAUCCUCAGAGGUGGACUGGAGUUAUGGUGAGCCUACAGAAAUGCUAACCCUUGGAAGACCUGAAACUUCAAUGCAAGAAAUAGGAGAGAGUGGUGGUGCAUAUAUUGUUCGAAUACCAUUUGGCCCCAGAGAUAAAUACAUCUCUAAAGAACUCCUUUGGCCUUAUAUUCAAGAAUUUGUUGAUGGUGCUCUUACCCAUAUUACAAAUAUGUCAAAAGUUCUUGGGGAGCAGAUUGGUGGGGGGCAACCAGUUUGGCCUGUUGCUAUCCAUGGCCACUAUGCUGAUGCCGGGGAUUCUGCUGCUCUCCUUUCGGGGGCCUUAAAUGUGCCAAUGCUCUUCACUGGUCAUUCUCUCGGAAGAGAUAAAUUAGAGCAACUUGUGAAACAAGGGCGCCAGUCAAGGGAGGAAAUAAAUGCAACCUAUAAAAUAACGCGUAGGAUAGAGGCUGAGGAAUUGUGUCUUGAUGCUUCUGAAAUAGUCAUCACAAGCACUCGACAGGAGAUUGCAGAACAGUGGGGUUUGUAUGAUGGGUUUGAUGUAAUACUUGAGCGCACGCUUCGAGUAAGAAUGAAGCGAAUUGUGAGCUGUUAUGGUCGUUACAUGCCUCGCAUGGUGGUAAUUCCUCCUGGGAUGGAGUUCAACAAUAUUGUUGAACAUGAUGGUGAUAUUGAGGGUGAGCCUGAAGGAAAUGAAGAGGCCUCGGCUACUCCAGAUCCACCUAUUUGGUUUGAGAUAAUGCGCUUCUUUACAAAUCCUCGGAAGCCAAUGAUCCUUGCUCUCGCUCGACCGGAUCCCAAAAAGAACAUUACAACAUUAGUCAAAGCAUUUGGUGAAUGCCGCCCUUUGAGGGAGCUCGCUAACCUUACUUUGAUUAUGGGAAACCGUGAAAAUAUUGAUGAGAUGUCCAGCGCAAAUGCAGCUUAUCUCACGACAAUUCUUAAACUGAUUGACAAAUAUGAUCUAUAUGGUCAAGUAGCAUAUCCAAAGCACCACAAACAGUCUGAUGUUCCUGAAAUUUAUCGCUUAGCAGCAAAAACGAAGGGUGUUUUUAUAAACCCCGCCUUCAUUGAACCAUUUGGUUUAACUCUCAUAGAGGCAUCAGCAAAUGGAUUGCCCAUAGUUGCAACGAAAAAUGGAGGUCCAGUAGAUAUACAUCGGGUACUCGACAAUGGACUCCUUGUUGACCCCCAUGAGCAGAAGGGUAUUGCUGAUGCCUUACUGAAGCUUGUGGCUGAUAAGCAGCUCUGGAUGAAAUGCAGGCAAAAUGGUUUAAAGAACAUCCACCUUUUCUCAUGGCCAGAGCAUUGUAAGACCUAUUUAGCUCGUAUAGCCAGUUGUAAACCAAGGCAGCCACAGUGGCAAAGUCGAGAUGACAAUAGUGAAACCACCGAGUCAGGUUCUCCAGGUGAUUCGUUGAGAGACAUUCAGGAUAUAUCCUUAAACCUGAAGCUCUCAUUGGAUGGGGAAAAGGGCGAAGAAAGUGGCAAUGUCGAUGGUGGCUUAGAUUCUGCAGAGACCAUGAAAGAUACAACAGACAAGUUAACAAAUACUGUUUUAGCAGUUUCCAAAGAAAUGCUGAGAUCUCCAAAAUCUAUUGAGAAGGCUGAUCAGAACAGCAUCUCUACAAAGUUUCCUGCUUUAAGGAGGCGGCGUCGUAUCCUUGUUAUUGCCCUAGAUUGCUUUGAUUCUUUAGAAGGAAGUUCCACUCUUCUUAAAGUUAUUCGUGAGAUUUUUGAGGCAGCAAGAUUGAACCAUGGCUUGGCCUCAAUUGGGUUUAUAUUAUCGACGGCUUUAACAAUGUUUGAGACAUACCGACUAUUGCAAAGUGGUGGUUUAAGUGCUACAGAUUUUGAUGCUUUUAUAUGCAACAGUGGCAGUGAACUCUAUUAUUCUUCUCUGAAUACUGACGAAGUGGGUUCUCCUGAAUUCCCCUUCCUUUUUGAUUUAGAUUAUAGUUCCCAUAUUGAUUAUAGGUGGGGAGGGGAAGGGUUGAGGAAAACCUUGGUUCGUUGGGCCACUUCUAUUGUUGAUAAGGACGAUAAUGAAGCACAAAUGGUAAUUGAAGAUGAGCAACACUCCUCAACUCAUUGCUUUGCAUUUCAAGUGAAGAAACCAUCGAUGGUUCCUUCUAUUAAGGAUCUUCGUAAAUUAUUACGAAUUCGAGGUUUACGGUGCCAUGUGUUAUAUAGUCACGGUGGCUCCAUGCUGCAUGUCCUUCCUGUCCUGGCUUCUCGUUCACAAGCACUCAGGUAUUUAUAUUUACGAUGGGGUAUGGAGCUAUCGAAUAUGGUGGUCAUUGUUGGUGAAACCGGGAACACUGAUUACAAUGGAUUGCUCGGAGGGGUUCCCAAAACCCUAAUUUUGAAGGGUGUUGGUUGCAGUGUUCCCUCUCAUCUUGGCAACAGAGGCUAUACUUCUACAGAUGUUGUUUCACUAGAGCAUUCUGAGAAUGUGACAAUUGAUGAAGGACAUGGCAGCAAAGAGAUACGGUCAGCCCUGGUCACGCUUGGGGUGCUCAAAGGUUAGAGAGACCCACAUUUUUAGUUAUUUGUACAUAGGUAUGUGGUGCUCUCCACUUUGGCCUUGGAGAAAAGUAUAGGCUUUAGAUUUUGAAAUUUUGCUUCUUUCGUGACAGCGAUCUUUCUCUUUAUUUAUAUUAUUGGGAGGAUUUGUGAUGUUAUUUAAGUUCGAUAGUUUCUUGUUCAUGCUGUGAUAAUAAAUUAAAGGCUCAAUAUUUAUCAUGUGGUAAUAUAUGAUUCUUUGCGAUUGAUGUAUUCGGCAUAGUAUACAUCGUUGGGUGGUAAGAU